UUACAACUUACAAGAACGGUUUUUUGUGGAGAACUUUGACAAUAGCAUCUGAAAAGCAAAACAAAAGUGCAAAUCACAAGACCUUAUUUACAAAUUUUGAAAAAAAGACGUUAAAAUGGAGUACGAUAGUAUUAUGGACAUCUCAAUGAAUUUGAAUAUUGACAAUAUAAGUGCAGUGAAUGACGUGAGCAUGGAACUGUCAAUCCCUGCAACACCAACACCCCAAUCAUGGGCUAAUACAACAACGACACUUAAAAAAACAGAUAUAAUAGAAAUAGUGAAAAAAUUGAAUUCUAAAAUACCCAAUUCAAAAGAACUUCUUGAGAGGCAGGAAAAAGCAAUUGCCGUGGCAAAUGAAAAGCAGAAAGCACUGGAAACAGAACUGUCAAAUAUAGAAAUGAAACUUCAAGAACACAAGAAGGCACUUUCCAUAGAAAUUUCGGAAAUUCAGUCAGCCAAACAAGAAGUGAAAAACACAAUGUCUCAACUCACUAGCAUUCAGAACAGAAUAAAAGGGUUAACAAAGGAAGCAGAAGAUAUGAAGACCCAAACCUCUUCAUCCAACAAAGAAAAUAUAUCCGAAAAGUGUAAAGUGGACCUCUAUCGCCAACUUACCGGUGUCACCUUUGCCCGUCAUAAUCCAAAUUGUCCGCACGAACUCAAGGGUUUUGUGGCUUGCUCAGGUCCUACAACUAAUCUGAAGACAUUUACCUUUAACACGGCUGAACAUUCAUCCUCUCUGAUGGGUGGCUAUAUAUGGAACGUUCUGGAAGAUAUGCAUACGAAGAACUGGGAAGAUCUUAGUAAAUGAUACCGCCAUUUAAUUGCCUCUAUGGUCAUUUACGUACGGGUGGGUUGCUAAAACCUUUCCUUAUGGGAUUUCAUUAGGUGGGCCGUAGCCAAAGUGUUUGCAUGUAAAAUGUUUCUGCUGCCUCUUCAAACAUUCUCGAUUGUGAACAAAUUCCUUUUUUCCAGAAAGUAUGUAGUGUUGUUCAGUGGCUUUCUUCUUCAUCUUUCGUAUGGAUCUGUUUUAACAUUUGGAAACAUGACGACGUAUAUAACGUCUUAUCAACGGAAUGUCUUACAAUUGGAUGUUUCGUAUGCGGACACGAUGUGGAUCCAAGCAAUAUCAUUUGCAACCACCGGCAUUGCGCUGCCAUUGGGCAGUUAUUUGCAAAAACAAUGGGGUCCUCGACCGACUAUUGUUAUGGCUAUGCUAUUUACGAGUGGCGGUGUUUUCCUCACUUCUUUAACGGUGACGCAGUCAACGAGUUUGCUUGUAAUUACGUACGGCCUUCUGUUCGGAAUCGGAGCCCGUGUGGGCUACAUGUCUCCUAUUGCUGCCGCAAUGAGGUGGUUUCCAGAUAAUCAACAUGGAAUGGUAAACGGGGUUAUUAUCGCUGGCUACGGAAUGGGUGCUUUCGUCUUCAAUUUUAUUCAGAUUGCAUACGUGAAUCCUGAAAACAUUCCUUCCGAUAGCACUGGGUACUUCGCUGAUGAAAAGGUCUUGAUGCGAGUACCGGGCCUCUUCGUUUUCCUAGGAUGUAUUUAUUUGGCCGUACAGUUAUUUGCAGUUAUCUUCAUAAGAAAUCCACCAUCAGUUCCCCUAGCGAUAAAAACGGAAACAGCCGACGUCCAUCUGACUAUUCCUCCGGAACCGAAAGUUUCUGUUUUGCAACUUGUCCGUUCACCUCUAUUUAUUGCGUUGUGGUUCACUUUUCUCUUUAACGACCAAACCAUCAUCGGAGUCAUUGGAUUAUACAAGGCCUUCGGGCUGUAUUUUUGGACAGACGAUAAAUGUCUGACGCUGGUCGGAUCACUGGGUGCAAUUUUUAAUGCCCUUGGCCGCCUAGCUUGGGGAUUUCUAGCGGACCGAGUGCAAUACAGGACGUUAAUGUUAGUCCUUACGUGGGUGGUGGUGGCACUUUUACUUUCGCUGAAUGCAACACCGUUGGUCGGAGGUGUUUGGCUCUACGCAUGCUGGAUCAUCUCAUUAAACAUCAUUACACCCGGGACAUACAUUCUUCUACCGAAAGCCAUCGGACAUUAUUUUGGAAAAGAUAAUGUCCCUUUCAACUACGGCCUUCUUUUCACCAGCUUUUUAGCUGGAGGUCCCCUUUCUGCCUUGGUAUCCAAUACUUUACUUGAUACGUUUGGUUGGAUUGGAGUCUUCUGGUCGAUGGCUGCAUUUAGUGCUGCCGCUGGAGUCAUCACUUGGUUCUUGCCUUGAAAAAAACUGAAUGGAAUUCACAGCAAGCAGCCUAUAAAUUUAAUGUUUAUUUGCGUUACAACAGAUUUUGUCCUGUUGCUGUAAUGUUGAA